ACGAAACUGGAAAGCUAUUGUAGUGUGUGACAACAAAAUCAGUUAAAAAUAUCAUAUUAUUGUUUUGUACCGACGCUUAGCGUACAGGGUUUUUGGUCUGUCUAUAUAGAAGUCGAUAGCUUUAGUUUGUUCUCGAAUUUCGUUGUAAGAAUCGAUGAUUGUGAUGUCAGGGGCCGAUGACGCGUGCACUUUGUUCGUUGGGAAUUUACAUGAUAAAGUAACAGAAGCGAUAUUGUAUGAAUUAUUCCUACAAGCUGGACCCAUCAAAAAAGUUCAUAUCCCAGUCGACCAUAAGAACGGAAGAAAUCGUCCGUAUGGUUUCGUUACGUUUAAACACGAGGUUUCGGUUCCUUACUCGAUAAAACUAAUGGACGGAAUACAAGUGUUUGAAUAUUCCUUGAAAGUUGAUAAAAGGAAAGCUUCAGGGGGGUCUGGGAACGACACAAACGGUGAUUCAAGGCCAGGGCAUUCAAGUCCUAGGAACAACUUAAAUAGGGAAGCUUAUAACGGGGCUGGGCAUAGCGGUAACAUGACACACCAGCCCCCCAUUAUGAACCUUAACCCAAGAAUGUUAGCCCAGUAUAAUCCUCUCAUGAUGGACCAAGGGUUUAGAGACGCUAACCGACGGGAAUCUUUUGAAACGCACACAAGGCACGACAGGGGGCGAUGGGAACACGACCAUUACCAAGGUUAUGCCACACCAAGGGAACCUCAUUUAAGAAGGAUGGAAGAUCGGACUUCAGGAAGAUAUUCCCCAUAUGAGCAAAAUGAUGUCCGUCACGUAACUCUUCGUAGCGAGCACAGGAGAGACAGCUAUGAGCGACGACAUGGCCAAUAUAAAAGGCGACGAUAGUAUUUCUACAAUUCGCUUUCAAAGUUUUACACUUUUAGUCGUUUUUAAUUUGAUUUUUAAACUUUUUUAGAUGCUUUUACGUUAAAUAGCAGUUUCUGUUAACCAGGCAACUUUAAGGAUGAUUUUUUACACGUUUUAUUUUUUUGUAAUAUUUUCACAAUAACUAGGUUAAUUAUGUUUAUAAUUUGAUUCAUAAAAUUUGUAAACUGCUGUUGUGUAAAUAUAGACAGAUAGUUGUACUUAUGUUCUUCAAAAACCUCAUUUUUAAUUAAGAUUAAGCUCAAUAUUGCAUUAUAAUGUUGAGUUUAUACCUAUUACCAGACAGGGUGCAAAAAGGCGGCAGUUUCAUGUCACCAUAUGUUGUAAUGAAUUUUUAAUAAACCUAAAACUUAAGA